GAAAUAAGCAUUCGGCUGCUCUGAAGAAUGAAGACGCUGCUCAGAGGAAAGCAGUUCUGGAGGCUGCUAUGAGAAAGAAGAUUGAAUGUGAGAAAAAAGCUUUGCAUAUUGUAGAGCAACUCCUGGAGGAGAACAUCACUGAAGAGUUCCUUCUGAAUUCUGGAAAAUCCAUUACUCCAUCUCACUAUAAAGACAUUGUUGAUGAACGGGCUAUCAUCAAACUGUGCGGUUAUCCUCUAUGUCAUAACAAACUGGAAAAUGUGCCAAAACAGAAGUACAGAAUUUCAACAAAAACAAACAGAGUUUAUGAUAUCACUGAAAGAAAGUGCUUUUGCAGCAACUUUUGCUACAGAGCAUCUAAAUAUUUUGAAGCUCAGAUUUCUAAAAGUCCAGUAUGGAUGCGAGAAGAGGAAAAACCACCAGACAUAGAGCUGCUGAAGGAGGGACAGAGUGGACAGUCUGGAGAAGAGGUGAAACUACGUGAUGAAGUCAUUAAAGCUUCUGACAUUGAAAAUCCUAGGAUAUCUUCAGAUCCGCAUGAAUCUGGUUCUCGUGACACAGCCAGUGACAGCAGUAGUGAUAAUGAACAAGAAUUUGUCUCUUCUGUCCUCCCAGGAGGUCAGUCAGGUUCGAGUUUUGAACAGCAAUUGCACAGAAAGAGCAUCCUCAAAAAGAAGCAUGCUCAGAAAGUCGAUUCCAGCCCUAAAGCUGAAGUCUCGGAUGUGGUAGAAGCCACUGAACAACUGUCUAAUUGUAAAUUAGAUGCUCAGGAAGAAAUGGAUGCUUGCUCUGUUGAUAAUAAAACGACUGCAGCGCCUUCAAAAAAUACUGCUGUAGAAGAAUCAAGUGCUUCAGAAAACUAUGAAAGCACCUGUAGUGGUUCACAGAUAGUUUUUCUAGGCGUGAGCAAAAGAGGGGCAGAACAUCUUAAAAGAACACUAGCGAACUCGAAAGAACAUAAACAAACUGCAUUGAGGGAUCCAGUGAACUCCAAAGGCAGUUUACUGGAAGGGCUUAAGCAAACACUUACGGAAUGGAGAACUGAGGAAACUUUAAAAUUCCUCUAUGGCCCAAAUUACACUUCUUUAUGCUCAUCAGAAUGCGUACCAUCUGCCAACCAAGAGAGUGAGGAACUUGAUGAGGAUGACUUAGAUGCACCUGAUGAUCUUAACGCUGUUGCCGUAAGGGAGUCUGCAAACAGCUUGAACUGUUCCUUACCUUUCAUGAGCCCAGGUGGAAUAGUUAAGCCUGUGCCUAGUUAUGAACAGCUAAAAGAAGAGACGGAGUUCCUAGAGCUCCGAGUAAAGGAGUUCUAUAAAGGAAAGUGUGUCUUGGCUGAAGAGGCAGCGACACAUGCGCAAGCAGAGGAACAUCCAAGCAAAGACAAAGAUGAUCAACAGGAAGAUCUCACCUUCCCACUUGUUGACUCAAACGCACAAAUGCAGAUUAGAAAACGAAUCGUCCUUGAAAAACUGAGAAAAGUAUUACCUGCGGUUCUGGGCCCUCUUCAGAUUGCUCCAGGUGAUGUUUACACAGAGAUAAAAAACCUUGUGAAAACUUUCCGGUUAACAAACAGAAAUAUCAUUCACAAAAUGCCUGAGUGGACUCUAAUUGCCAUUGUUUUGUUAUCUGUGUAA